AAAAAGCAUCGCAUCCCAUAACAAGCUUCUCUCAAGCAAGUCUACAAAAUGACGAACAUUCGCCAAGCUAAAAAGAACCGGUCUUCGUUGCCCAAGGCCAAGCCUAAGAGGAGUGGUGUCGUUAAAAGUGGGCGCAAGAAGAUCAAUGUGCUGGGCAAUUCUAUUAUUGCUGAGAAUUGGGACCGCAAGCAGACUCUUACCCAAAACUACCGCCGCCUGGGUCUGGUGCACCGUCUGAACGCCCCGGCCGGUGGCAGCGAGCGCCGCGGCACAACCGUGGAAGGCUACGAAGAACAACCCGACGACUCUCUUCACAUUAAGAGCAGCGCAAAAGCCACGACAAAGCAAUUGGGGCUCGGUGAAAUCAAGGUCGAGCGUGACCCCGAAACCGGCAAUAUCAUCCGCGUGAUUCGCCCCGACGACGAGAUCGAAGUCGCCGGCCGCAAGCACAAGAUUUCCAACCCGCUUAACGACCCGCUGAACGAUCUGUCCAAUGACGAGGCCCGGAUAACAGAGGCUGCGAAGCAGAAUGAUAGUUCUGUGAUUGUGCAAAUGCUUGAGCGCCAGGCGGCGCAUGAGGGCAAGGCGGUUGAGAGCAAGAAGCCAAGGCACCUAAGCAAGCGGGAAGAGGAGUGGGCGACAAGGUUGAUUGAGCGGCAUGGAGAUGACUAUAGCGCUAUGGCGCGCGAUAUGAAGUUGAACCCUAUGCAGCAGACUGCGGGCGAUUUGAAGCGGCGGAUUUGCAAGUUCAAGGAGAGCCAGUCAUAAUCUGCUGGUUGGUGUCUUUGGCUAUUUUGAUGCAUGUUGAUGGGCGAGUUUGGAGUUUUGCCGGUUUUUACUUUGUGUUUUCUGAUAUAAAAGUUCUAUAUCUGGGUCUGCUUUUCCAUGCCAUGUUGAUAUUCUCUCUGGCCUGGUCAAAUGAACCAGCGUUAUUAAUGCACAUAUGUGAUGCCCAAAACCUCACUUUUUCCAUCCUGUCUCAUUUCUUAUUGCUGCAACUUGUCAUGACAAUUGCAUCUAACAACUAACUCAAUCUAGUACAUCAUCCUCUGUCCAAUAAUUGGUGUCAAACCAUACAAACUCAUCUAUUUUAAUACUCGC